AUGAGCAAAGAAAAUAAGGUUCUAUCAAAAUCCAAAACCCUGAAAGAUAUAUUAGAGAAAGGUCCAGACUUUAUCAAUAAUACACCUUUAGAUAAUUUCUUCAAAGAAUUAAAUGAUGAUUUCCUUUCAAAAAUACCUGAUACCUGCGAUGACAAAAGUCUCUAUGAUUAUAUGGGGUAUGAAGAUAACCAUAAAUUCGUUUUCAAAUUACUUUCUUAUUUUGAUAAGUUAUAUGAAUUAACAACGCAAUUACAAUCAGAAAUAGCAAAGAAAGAUCAAAAUUUAUUACCUGUUUCAUUACAUGAUGUUAAAUACAUGGAUAGAUUACUAAACUUACUAUUAUUUCAUGGUAUUACUAUAAAUUUACCAUCAUCAGAAUUACGAAAUCUCACCCCAAUUUCUAAUAAUCUAACCGCCUCAAUGGUUUCACCUUCAUACCAACCUGAUGAGCUCACAUUGCGAGAAGUUACAUCGAGAUUAUUAAACAUUAUAAUGAGCUCAAAUAUUACCAAUUAUAUAAGGACUGCACUGCUUAGAGGACCAGCAUAUCCCAUGCUCUACCUUAGUCAAUUAAUUAUUUCAAUUGAACAACAACAAGAAGAAGAGUCAAUUCCAAUUUUGUAUGAUUUGGAAUCGAUACAAGAUACCUAUACGCUAUACGUGAUGUAUACAAAUUUUAUUCAAUGUUUACCAUCAUCAUCAUCCCCUUCACAUAAUGUCAUUGCUAUGAGAAAGUUCAUAAUGAACAAAUUAGCAACAUUACCUAUACGUAGAACGGAAGACGGUAUCAUAACACUAAUUGAUUUCAUAUUAGGUACAAGGGAAGACAUGGAAGUAACGAACUUACCGAAUAAAUUUGAAAGGAUUUAUUCAGUAUUAAUGAGUAUUCCUCAAGGUAUGCGGCCCGGCAAAUACCUAUCCUUACUAUUUCCACAAUUAUAUCAUUGCCUUUCGUUGAUUGAUCGUCCGGAGGUGAUUACCUGUGUGAAUGGACUUGUGAGUAGAUUUUUCAUGAGGAAUAAGAAGAUUGUCAGAGAUUUUCUUUGGAAGCCGGUGGGGGAUGUCUUAUGUAAUUUGGAUGGACGAGAUUUUGAUUUUAGACAGUUAAAUGAUUGUAUUAAUGUUUUAAUUUCUUUGUCGAAAAAUAAUGAUGUCGAGGUUGUUUCCGAUUUGAUUGUAUUUCUAGAUUGGAAAAAGUUUUUCUUAAAUUUAUGGAUUUAUUGUUUGUUUUUAAAGAAAAAUGAAGAUAAAGUAUUGAAUGUGAAGGAAAGGGAGAAUGAAAAUGUUCCAGUGGUUCCAUAUUUUGAAGUUAUACUUUCACUUUUGAAGACUUUUUUCAUCCUGAAUGAUGGGAAAUUUGAUGUUUUGAAUCUUUUAAGUUUAAAUUUAGUAAAUUUUGAACAUGAAAAUUGGAAAUAUAUGAUUGAUUUAGAGAAUGGAAUGCCAUAUAUUGCAAAUAAAGCAGAAUCAAUACUGAAUGAACUAAAUUUAAAUGAAGGUACGGAUGAUGAAAAUAAAUUGAAUGAAAUUUCAAAUUUUUUCAAUGCUAUGGAUCUUGCUGUUCAAUUAUAUAUUGACUUAUUGAAAUUAAUUAAUGACGAUGAAAAGACAAAAGAUAUAUUUUUAACCAUAUUAAACAGAUGGGUGAAAAAAACCACAUCCAGACAUGACCAGUCCACUCUCUCUCUUGGGGAAGAAGAUGAUAUAAAUGGGAAUGUUAUGGUAUUGAUUGAUUUGAAACUGCUGGAGAAAAUGAAUCAAGAAUUCAAAACGGAUAUUAUCAAGCAAACCAAGGAUGUUUUAACUGUGAUUAAUGAUUUAGUCGACUUCGUACAAUUUCAAGAUGAUAAAUUGAAGGAAGAAGAAGAAACUGUUGACUCAGACGAUGAAGAUGAGGAGGAUGAAGAGGAGACUGCUAGUGAACAGAAACCAGUGGAAUUACCUCAUAUUUCAACAGCAUUUAAAACCAUUUUAGAGUUAUUCUCCUACACACUCAAUAAUUCGACAAAAAAUUAUCUGUUACAAUAUAAGAAUAUUUUAUCAAGUAUUGAUGAGAAACUAAUGAAGUUUAUUAACAACGUUCCUGAAUGUAAGACAUUGCAUGAAAAUGUACAAUCAGUUUUGAAUGAUCAACAGUUUGACAAAAUGGGACCUGAAGCAGAACUCGUUGAUGAAGAAUUAGAAAAGGACAAAGAGACCUUACAUAGAGUUAUGAUGGAUUUGAAUGAUCCAUUAGUUCCAAUAAAAGCUCAUGGGUUAGUAGAAUUAAGACAAUUAAUUAAGAAGAAAUCUAAGGUUAUCGAUGUGGAUAGGGGUGUACAAAUUCAUUUACAAUUUAUGAAGAAUCAAGAUCCUUUCAUAUAUAUGAACGCAAUCAAAGGGUUUGCAUCAUUGAUUCAAUUAGAAACUGACAAAACUAUGAACGUGUUGUUAGAGUUUUACCGUGAUGAUAAGAGUCGUAAUAAAUUGGAUGAUAUACUUAAAGUUGGCGAGAUAUUUAUAAAUUAUGUUCAAUAUGAAAACAAAUUACUUGGUAGUCAUUAUGCUAAUCUAUUAGUUGAUGUUUGUUUAGAUAAGAUUAAGACACAUAAUGGGUUAGAUAAUAGGAUCAGAAUGUCUUCGAUGUCCAUAUUAGGUAUUAUUUUACAAGUGAACGCUAUUGGUGUUCAAUCUAGAGUAAAUGAGAUGGUAGAUUGUGCCGUCGGAAUAUUACAUUUAGAGACUGGAGAAGAUGAGGCAAUUAUGAGAAGAGCCGCUGUACAUUUAAUCCACGAUCUUUUCUCCAAUGAUGGAAUAUCAUCAAAUCUAUCUGCGGAAUAUGGUCCAGAAAGAUUAAAAACGUUGUUAGAGUACACAAGAACAAAGAUACGGAUGAUCUAG